GUUCACCGGCUUUUACUUCCAGCCGAGCGGCAGUGCGCCCUCUCCGGUGCUCUCAACCAGGGCUCUUCCUGGACCACGCCCCUUUCGUCCCGGCAGCCCCGAAACUCCGGAGACUGGAUUUCAGUUACCGAGUCUGCAGAGCGGCUCUGGGCGGCGCACUGCGCAGGCGCGAGCGUUUGGGUCUCGCCGCGCGCGGCGCUCGGUUGUAGCUGGAGUGAGUUCCUGGGCGCGGAGACCCGGCAGCGGGUGACGGAGCGAGGGGGUGACCGACCGCCUCCCCUACCGCCAUGGCAGCCCUGCGCUACGCGGGCCUGGACGACACGGACAGCGAGGACGAGCUGCCCCCGGGCUGGGAGCAGAGAACCACCAAGGACGGCUGGGUUUACUAUGCCAAUCACACUGAAGAGAAGACCCAGUGGGAACACCCGAAAACUGGAAAAAGAAAACGAAUAGCGGGAGACUUGCCGUAUGGAUGGGAGCAAGAGACCGAUGAGAACGGACAAGUUUUUUUUGUCGACCAUAUAAAUAAAAGAACCACCUAUUUGGACCCAAGACUGGCGUUCACUGUGGACGAUAAUCCUACAAAGCCGACCAGCAGACAGAGAUAUGACAGCAGCACCACCGCCAUGGAGAUACUCCAGGGCCGGGAUUUCACUGGCCAAGUGGUUGUGGUUACCGGAGCCAAUUCAGGCAUAGGGUUUGAAACUGCCAAGUCUUUUGCCCUCCAUGGUGCACACGUGAUCCUCGCCUGUAGGAAUAUGACAAGGGCCAAUGAAGCUGUGUCACGCAUUUUAGGAGAAUGGCACAAAGCCAAGGUAGAAGCAAUGACCCUGGACCUCGCUCUGCUCCGUAGCGUGCAGCAUUUUGCUCAAGCGUUCAAGGCCAAGAAUGUAUCCCUUCAUGUGCUUGUGUGCAAUGCGGGGGCUUUUGCUCUCCCCUGGAGCCUCACCAAAGACGGCCUGGAGACCACCUUCCAGGUGAAUCACCUGGGACACUUCUACCUUGUCCAACUCCUUCAGGAUGUCUUGUGCCGCUCAGCUCCUUCCCGAGUAGUUGUGGUCUCCUCAGAAUCCCAUAGAUUCACAGAUAUUAACGAUUCCUCGGGCAAACUGGACUUCAGCCGCCUUUCUCCAUCUAAAAAUGACUACUGGGCCAUGCUGGCUUACAACCGGUCUAAGCUGUGCAACAUUCUCUUCUCCAACGAGCUCCACCGCCGCCUGUCCCCGCGUGGGGUGACGUCGAACGCCGUGCACCCUGGAAACAUGUUGUAUUCGUCCAUUCAUCGUAACUGGUGGGUGUACACGCUGCUGUUUACGUUGGCCAGGCCUUUCACCAAGUCCAUGCAACAAGGAGCUGCCACCACCGUCUACUGUGCUGCUGCCCCAGAGCUCGAGGGCCUGGGAGGGAUGUACUUCAACAACUGUUGCCGAUGCGUGCCGUCCCCCGAAGCUCAGAGCGAAGACACGGCCCGCGCCCUGUGGGUGCUCAGCGAGCGGUUAAUCGAGGAAGCUCUCGGCAGCCAGUCCGGCUGAGCGCGAGCGGCCGUGAGCGUGCUCGGCACACACACCGGCCCUGUGCGCGCGCUCACUGCGUGUGUGUGUGUGCGCGUAGCUGCCGACGCUGGGCCCCUGCCAAUUUACGAUCCCGGGCCUUUCCAGUUUCUAGAAGUAACCCGGAUCACAGAGGUUCAAGACCUCUGCGUUAUCCUGCUGGAGAUUUCUGCUUAGACUUCCUGUCACUCCUCCCAUCCUAUGCUUAAUAAAAGAACAUGCUUGAAUAUUAUCACCUGAAGUUCGCACUGUUUCUUUAAAUGUUUGUUUCAGUUUUGUUUUUUGUUUUGUUUUGUUUUUUUAGA